CACAGCCAUUGUGAAGUGAUGCUCUGCCUGUCGGUGAAACAGCAAGCUGCUGCGCUUCUGCCUCUCAUGUUCCUGCUCAUUAUUUUUCAGCCUCACAUGUUCUCUGCUCGACUUCUUUUUUUCUCCUCACGUGGUUUUAUUUGAGUAACCCUUAUUUUCCACCUAUGCUUCAUCAAAAACAUGGGAUUACUUUGCUUGUGAAUGAAAAAGCAGAUGAUUUURAAGAAAAGUACCUCUCUUGGAAAUUCUGAACACUUCAGACUUUUUAUCUACUUCUUCUAAGGAGCCAUUGUUGUCCACCAGGUAAUGAUGCUGCUUCAAAGACUCUCGUGCUAAGAUUGUUGGAGUCCUAGCAACGAAAAAAAAAGAAAGAGCAAACCGUGAGGAGAAGGGAGUUUUCAAACAUGAACUCCACAGCUCAACAUGGAUUGAUGCCAGGUAACAGGAGCCUCUCCUCGGGUACUUCGACUCUCGAUAAAGACUUCUCAAGAGAGGAGAAGGACUCRUCUACAGGAUGCUACGAGCAGCUUCUGAUUUCCACAGAGGUGUUCCUCACGUUGGGUAUCAUCAGCCUGCUGGAGAACAUCCUAGUUGUUGCUGCCAUCAUCAAGAACAAGAACCUUCACUCGCCAAUGUACUUCUUCAUCUGUAGCCUUGCMGUUGCUGAUAUGCUGGUUAGCGUCUCCAACGCUUCAGAGACGAUUGUCAUAGCUCUGAUUAACGGGGGCAGCCUCACCAUCCCCGUCACGUUGAUUAAAAGCAUGGACAACGUGUUUGACUCCAUGAUCUGCAGCUCCCUGCUGGCGUCCAUCUGCAGCUUGCUCGCCAUCGCCGUCGACCGGUACAUCACCAUCUUCUAUGCGCUGAGGUACCACAACAUCGUCACCCUGCGGCGAGCGAUGCUGGUCAUCAGCGCCAUCUGGUCGUGCUGCACCAUCUCGGGCAUCCUGUUCAUCGUCUACUCUGAGAGCACCACCGUCCUCAUCUGCCUCAUCACCAUGUUCUUCACCAUGCUGGUGCUCAUGACGUCGCUCUACGUGCACAUGUUCCUGCUGGCGCGCCUGCACAUGAAGCGCAUCGCGGCACUGCCGGGCAACGCGCCCAUCCAGCAGCGGGCCAACAUGAAGGGCGCCAUCACCCUCACCAUCCUGCUCGGGGUGUUCGUGGUGUGCUGGGCCCCCUUUUUCCUCCACCUCAUCCUCAUGAUCACCUGCCCCCGGAACCCCUACUGCACCUGCUUCAUGUCCCACUUCAACAUGUACCUCAUCCUCAUCAUGUGCAACUCCGUCAUCGACCCCAUCAUCUACGCCUUUCGGAGCCAGGAGAUGAGAAAAACCUUCAAGGAGAUUUUCUGCUGCUCACAUGCUCUUUUGUGCCUAAGCUUUGUGUAAAGUGGAGCUAAAAGCCUUGGCAUCGCAACCUUGUACAAUUUUGGAAAAAAAAGUGUGGAAGGGGGGCUGCUGUAAAUGAUCAAGGCACUCACCUCUACUCUCAUAAGUCAGGUUGUUUAAGAGGAAGGAUUGUUUGAAAGCUUGUCGAUUUGUAGAUAAGUGUUGUUUUGUUCAUUCCCAACAAUCUGUAAAUACUGUCUAAUCAUUUCMAACCACUAAGAUCAAGAGGAUUAGGAUAGACUUAAAUAUUUCAGUCCAUACUUGUUCUCAAAACUGACAACAUUCAGACUUUUAAUGUCAUUUUCACUUACUUUCUUUUUCAUUGAUGAAAAUAUGUCAACAGUUUGUUAUUUAUGACACAGUGAAUUGUGGAUAAGCUUUUAAACCUCUUACAAGUAAACCGUGAAAAAAGCUGAAGUGUUUUUACCUUUUUUUUUCUUUUUUUUUUUUUGCCAAAGAGUGAAUUUUACUUGAGUGCAGGUGAAAACAGAAAUCAAAAACAGGGUCUGUGUGAUUCUAUUACUUUUUUUCUUGACCAAUUUAAGCACUUUGGAUUGAACUGGACUCUAAAAGGGUUGGAGACAACAAAACAUGAGCAUGAGCAACAAUCACAGACUUUCUGCUGUUGUCUGUUUAGUCUGAAAUAUGGGAAGGCUCUGUUGUUAAAGGAUGAAAAAAUCUCAGGCUGGGCACUUUCUGAAUAACUUGAAACAGUUUUGCUUUAGCAUUUGUUUAAUGUUGCUUUAAUUUGCACAUCAGCUGUCAAAUAUGUUCUAAACAGUAUGAGAAAAAUGACUGAGAGGGUCUCUUUAACUGUGAUUUAUAGGCAAGAUCCACUGAAACAAUGAAACCCAUCAAUAACAUCUGCUGGCUUUACGUCAAACCUCUUGUGAGUUUGUGGAUAUUUGGUGAUAAAUUUGCACAUGUGAGCUGUUCUUACCUUGACGUCAGGCACGUACACGUGACUAUAAAAUGAGCUAUUUUUCAUUAUAUUCAAGGACUGACACUAAUGAAUGUAUUUUUGUUAAAUGUGACAUUGCUUUUUUUGAAAUCCUUGCCUUAUUUAUUUUAAAUAGUGACGCACAAAGAAAUUGUGUUCUCUGUGAAAAUAUUUCAAAAUAAUAUUUAUGUGCAAUAUAUUUGCAAUGUUGCCAUUUCUGUUAUUCAUGCCUUUAUCAAGCCAAAAGCAUUCCCACAAUAAUAAAAUGCACAAGAAAGCAAAUGUAAACCGGUGUCUA